AUGGCCGUGCUAGAGAAGGUGAACCAAACCACUGUCACAGAAUUUCUGCUGGUUGGAUUUGAAAUCCGUCCCGAGCUGCAGAUAACACUCUUUGUGAUGUUCUUCAUUAUCUACCUGGCAACCGUUGCUGGGAACAUCCUCCUCAUUCUCAUAGUUUGGACUGACCAUUAUCUCCACACUCCCAUGUACUUCGUCCUCAGCAACUUGUCCUUCCUGGAAACCGGCUAUGUGUCCGAUGUCAUCCCCAGGCUGCUGGUGAGUUUUUUGACGCAGGACAAAACUAUCUCUCUACCAGCAGUAUUGAGACUUUCCUGUGAAGACACCAGCAUCAUUAAGAUAACAUCCCUGAUCUUAGCUUCCAUCAUUACCUUGGCCCCAUUUGUCCUGACCAUCGCAUCCUAUGUCUAUGUCAUCCUGACCAUCCUGAGAAUCCCAUCCACUGCUGGGAGGAAAAAAGGCUUUUCCACCUGUUCCUCUCACCUCAUUGUUGUCUCAACGUUCUAUGGGGCUCUGAUCAUCAUGAAUGUGCUGCUGUCAGGAAACCAGUCUCUGGAUUUCAACAAGAUGUUCUCCCUGCUCUACAUGGUGGUGACUCCCAUGUUCAACUUCAUUGUCUACAGCCUGAGGAACAAAGAGGUGAAAGAUGCCUUGGGCAGGGUCAUCCAUAAAAUGUGUCUUUCUCCCAAGAUGUAG